AGUUUCGCAGAUCGGCUUGGCAUCGAAACCAAAAUAGUUCAGUCAUGGCCUCCAGAGCACUGAGCAGCCCAGCCUUUGUGGGUGGAGCAAUCCUUCCCUUUUCCGCGGCUCCACAUUUCGGAACCGCCAAGACCAAAGCCACCGGCGCAGCACGUGGGACAAGUGGCAAAUAUGGCAUCUAUUCCUGUGCUGCGGCUGCAGCAAUCACUACUCUCCAGGCCAGACGGAUGAGGAAUGUCAAAAGAGCAGCUUGUGGUCCAGCCACGACGGGUGUCCUCAACAAAGCUGAGAAGCUGCAGGUCCCUCAAUUCCUAUUGGGCAAUGUCGACAUUUUCAUUUUCGAUUGUGACGGUGUCAUUUGGAGAGGCGACUCUGUGAUUCCAGGGAUCCCACAGGUAAUUGACAAGCUGCGAGCUGAUGGCAAGACACUCUUCUUUGUGACAAACAACUCCACCAAGAGCCGGGCCGGAUACAAGUCGAAGUUCACUUCGUUGGGCUUGGACGUGCAGCCAGAGGAGAUUUUCUCUUCAUCGUUUGCUGCAGCAGCAUAUUUGGAGCAGACGAAAUUCAAGGACACUGGCAAGAAGGUCUACAUCAUCGGAGAGAAAGGUAUUUCUGAGGAGCUUGAUUUGGUUGGCAUCCCCUGGUUGGGUGGUGAGGGAGAUGCAGGCAAGCAGGCAGACAUGGGUUCGGGAGGCAAAGUGGAUGUGGACCACGACGUAGGAGCUGUGGUUGUCGGUUUUGACCGCCACAUCAACUACUACAAGUUGCAAUAUGCCCAGUUGUGCUUGAACGAGUUGCCAGGUUGUGAAUUUAUCGCAACGAACUUGGACCGUGUCACCCACCUGACACAUGCUCAGGAAUGGGCAGGGGGUGGGACUAUGGUGGCUGCAGUCUCAGGUUGCACUGGAAGAGAGCCGACACUUGUCGGGAAGCCUGCUCCACUGAUGAUUGACUACAUUGCCCAGAAGUAUGGCAUCUCCGAUCGUUCUCGCAUUUGCAUGGUCGGCGACCGCUUGGAUACCGACAUUGCUUUUGGACGCAACAAUGGCCUCAAGACAUGCUUGACACUCUCAGGUGUUACAAGUGAGGAUGAACUCAUGGAUCGGGUGCCCCGAAAGAAAGGUACUGAGGGAAUCCAGCCAGAGUUCUAUGUGGACACGCUCCAAGACUUUCUCUCGGCUUCAUGAACAAAA